UCUAACAGAACGUCUCUCUGUGGCUCUAGGCGAUGCCUGGAUACGUGACUCCUGGGGGAUCAGAGAUGGCUGCACUGUCCGAAAUGAGACGGGACAGCUCUAGUUCAGUGGGAUCAGGGGAGUUCAUGGGCAUCAAGGAGCUGGAUGACAUCAGUCAGGAAAUAGCCCAGCUGCAGAGGGAUAAGUACACUCUGGAGCAGGACAUCAGGGACAUGGAGGAAGCCAUCAGACACAAGAGUGCUGAGGUUCAGGAGAUGCAGAACGAGCUGGACAGAGAGACCAGCAGUCUGCAGGAGCUGGAGGCCCAGAAACAGGAUGCCCAGGACCGACUGGAGGAGAUGGAGCAGCAGAAACACAAACUGGAGGACAUGCUGAAAGAAGUACGGCUGAAGUGUCAGGAGGAGUCCCAUCUGAUCUCCAGCCUUCAGAGUCAGAUCCACUCUCAGGAGUCCGACCUGCAGAGCCAGGAGGAGGAGCUGAGCCGGGCCAAGGCUGACCUGGACAGACUGCACCAGGAGGAGCGACAGCUGGAGCAGAACCUGGCAGCUGGAAAGAUCCAGCUUGAAACCAUAAUCAGUUCCCUCAAGUCCACCCAGGAGGAGAUCAACCAGGCUCGCAGCAAGUUAUCCCAGAUUCAGGACAGCCAGCAGGACAUGUCUAAAGGAAUCGAGCAGUUCAACAGCUCCCUAAACGCAACCAAUGGGGGUAGCAUGACCAACCUGGCCGACAUGAGCGAAGGCUUCAGCGACAGAGAGAGCACUGGGAAGGGGAAGCAGGAAGACCUGUUCAGAGCUAAAGCAACGGUGUUCAACAAUCAGCCCCAGGAUCUGCAGACGGAUCCCUUCCACUCUGAAGACCCGUUUAAAGCGGACCCAUUCAAAGGUAUCUGGACCGUUCCUGUCCACUUUCCUUACAGUUUCUCCUCAUUGGCUGAUGGCUUCUCCUUAUCUCCUCUGUUAGGUGACCCAUUUGAAAACGACCCCUUUGGAAAGCCUCCACCAUCAUCAUCUACAGAUCCCUUUGAGGGAGAUCCAUUUAAAGAAGCAGAUCCAUUCAAGGCUUCAUCAGAGGAUUUUUUUAAGAAGACAACAAAGAUGGAUCCUUUUUCCACAUCAGAUCCCUUCUGUAAAAGUGCCACUCUACCCUCCAAGCAAACCAGUCACUUUACAGCUGCUGACCCGUUUUCUUCCAGCCACCAGAAACCCAGAGGACCAGACCUCUUUGCCACAUUGGACCCGUUUGGGAGCGGUUCUUUUAGCAGCUUGACAAACAGCUCCACUGGCUUUGCAGAUUUCAGCAACAUGUCAAAACCCGGAGAUCCGUUUGAAGGAAGGGCCAACUGGCUGCCAGAGUACCAGAAGCCAGUGUUUGCAGACGACCCAUUCAUCAGGAAAACAGACAUGCCUGCUCUGCCUCCAAAAAGGACCGUCCCUCCCAGGCCCAAACCUCCCAGUGGUAAAACCACACCAGUGAGCUUGUCUGGCUCAGCAGAUCCCUCCAAAACAUUUGACCCCUUUCAGCCAUUCGCUUCUGAUGCAGUUGACCCUUUCCCGAGUAAAAAAUGCCAAGGAGACCCAUUCAGUGGAAAAGACCCCUUCUUCUCAUCUUCAACAUCAAGUAAAGCUCCUACAGACUCUACCUCCAGUUUUACAUAUGUCUUUUCUGGAAGUUGAGACGUGGUGAUGCUGU